AUGCCUCCCAUCUUUAUACCUCCGCUCUUCCAAAUGAAUCCGCCACCCAAUCCCUUCUGGGACUUCAUCAAUGGUAUCGAGGACCAUCCUAUGUUCGCCCAAUACCGCGGACCACCACCGCCGCCACCACCACCACAUGCUGCUGCCGCUCCCUCUGCCUCCCCUGAGGCCGGCGAGAAAGGUCAAUCGAAAGGCAAGCAGUCGGAAGCCACCAUCGCGGAUCCGCCAGAGGUAGAUCCCUCCACUGUCCGUCCCGAAGGCCCGGCCAAGGACAAAGACACGAACAUACCGUUCCGCGGACGCGGACGAUUCGACCAGGCAUUCAAUGGUGAAAAGAGCGGCGGCAGCAGCAGCAGCAGCAGCAGCAGCAGCGAGAGUGAGGGAGAAGGUCGCCGUCGCCACAGAAGAGGCUCCCACGAUCGUGGAGGACGCCAUAGCCACCAUCACGGCCGUCAUGGUCCACACGGACACGGUCCAUGGGGUCGAGGGGGUCAUCGAGGACCACCGCCGCCACCACCCUUCGGUGCAGGCCCCUUCAUGUUUGGGCCUCACCCAUUUGCUCCACCACAAGCAGGUAGCUCCGGCCCGCACGGUCAAGGACCUUUCGGCUGGACUCGUGGUCGCGGAGGAUGUCCCAGAGGCCGCUUUGGACACCACGGUCCUAAUUCACGCUCACCACCCCACGGCGGUCCGUUUGCAGGGCCUGGAGCACGCCCGAGCUCGGGGCCAUUCGAACUGGGCACUUUCCUCAACAAUCUUGGGGAACGCCUAGGAGUCGACCUGGCCUCGGCUGCCGAAGGGUUCGGUCUGGAUAUUGGCCGAUUCACCUCGCCCCGCUCUCACGACAGCGACUUUGAACCGAGAACGGAUAUCUUCGACACUGCCUCGCACUACAUCAUCCACCUAUCACUGCCCGGGGCGAAGAAAUCCGACGUCGGGGUGGAAUGGGACGACGAACAUUCCAACCUGCGCAUUGCCGGAGUGGUUCACCGACCGGGCGCCGACGAACAAAUGUUAUCCCACCUAGUGGUCGACGGACGCAAGCGCGAGACAGGCGUGUUCGAGAAGAACAUCCGACUUGGCACGCAAAAGGAGCCCGCCAGCGUCGACGUCGGCAGCAUCACGGCCAAGAUGGUCGAUGGAGUCCUCAUUGUCAGCGUGCCCAAGAUCGAGAAGAAGAAGUUUGGCAAGAAGGAAGUCCGGGUCGACAGCUCGCCUUCCGCGGCGUCGGUCGACCAUCUACAAGGACACGACGACAUUGACAUGGACGAUGAGCCAUACCUGACUGCGGGGGUUGUCGAAGCUGAGGAGACCAGUGACCACCAAGGCUUGUACGGCGCCGAAGCUACGCAACCAGCCCAAACCACCCGGCCAUACCCAGCCAAGGCUGCGUCAAAUAGUGCCUCAGACACCAAGGGCAAGCACGCAGAAGCCGAGCAGGAGGCUCACAGAGAGGAUCGCUCUGAAACUUUGGGGUUGGAGCAUGCCAACGCCACCGUCGACACGCUGCCUCUGUACGAGCGUGAGGACAGUAAUGGCGCUGCCGCCACCACCACCACCACCACCAACGCCCAGCAUCAGCCACAUGAUGCGAACGAGGAUGAGAUGAGUGAUUGGGAAAGAGCCGGCUCGGACGACGAGGGCGAGGGCGAGUACGUCAAGAUCAACGUCGACUGA